AUGGCAUUCUGCAAUAGAUUUGGAAGUCUCAUGAGGCAGACCAUUUCACAGAGCAGUGUGUCUAAUGGGCAAGUUCCAAUGGCAUCAAUGCUCCAUGCUAUUCAUUGCAUGUCAUCUUCAAAGCUUUUUAUUGGAGGUCUCUCAUAUGGAGUUGAUGACAAGUCUCUCAAGGAUGCAUUUUCCAGCUUUGGUGAUGUUACCAAGGCGCGGGUUAUCAUUGAUAGAGACUCCGGAAUAUCAAGGGGAUUUGGAUUUGUAAACUUCUCUAGUGAUGAAUGUGCAAGCUCGGCAAUGUCAGCCAUGGACGGACAGCCACUGGAUGGGAGGAACAUCCGUGUGAGUUUUGCAACAGACAGAGCCGGUCCUCCUCGAGGUGGUGGUCCAAGUAAUCGUGGUGGGUUUGGUGAUGCAGGAAGGAAUGAUGGAUAUUAA